AUAAAUGUUAUUAAUUUGUUGCUGUGUCUAUUGUGUUGUUCAGAACAAUCGAUACAGCGCAAGACAUCGGCCACAGUGGAGUCCUUCAGCCUGGUUCAGAAGUCCUUUGAGAUACCUGCAGGAGAGAGUGUUCCAGGAUUUGAAGAGAAGCCACAUGCCAUCACUGCUCAGGAAGGGGCCAAGAUUGCUUUUAAAGCCAAGGUGACUGGGAACCCCAAGCCCACUGUGACUUGGAAGAGAGAUAGUGGGAAGCCCUUAAGAGAAGGGGUUGAGACCUUCUUCGACACCAUCGCUAAGGAGUACGUGCUGAAGAUUAGGAAUCUUGCCAUGGAAGAUGCAGAUAACUACAAGUGUGUUGUCUCCAAUGAUCACGGUGAUGCAAUCUACACAAUGUCACUCAUUGUUACUGAAAAUCCACAGGUGGACUUCAAGAAGAUGCUUAAAAAGCGGGGUGCCCCUGCUCCCAAGAAGGAGGAGAAGCGCCACAUCACCGAGGAAGAGAUGCUGAAGAUCCUCUCCGGAGCGGAAAAAAAAGACUACGAGAGGAUCUGUGCUGAGCACGGUUUCACCGACUUCAGAGGAAUACUCAAGAAACUCAAAGAAAUGAAGAAGAAAGUGGACGUGGAGAUGGUGAAAGUGCUGAAACCUCUGGAAGACAUAGAAGCUAAAGCAGACACCAACAUCGUGUUUGACACCAUCCUGGAGCUGAAGGAUCCCAACCUCAAGAUGAUGUGGUUCAAGGGGGAUGAGCCUCUGAGGACCCAAUACUCUCUUGGCAAGUAUGAGUUGAAGCAAAUGGGAACCAAGUACCAGCUGUUUAUCUCCAGUGUCACUCUGAAGGACAGUGGCACCUAUAAGCUGGUAGUUGGAGACAAGACCCUUACUGCCAAGCUCAGUGUAAUAGAUGAGCCUCUAAAGUUCCUGACAGAACUGAAACCCAUCCGAGUGAAUGAACGCCAGACAGCUGUGUUUGAGGUGCGACUCUCAAAGAAGAGCGACCUUCCUCUUGUGUGGAAGGUCAGGGGCAAGGAGGUGAAGAGGGAUGAAAAGUUUGACGUAUCUGUGUCUGCGGACGGCCUCACCUAUACUCUCAAGAUCAAGGAUGUGCGCCCAAGUGACAUUGGAGAAUACAGCAUGAGCAUUGGAGAUAUGACAGCUUCCACACAGCUCUUUAUUAACAGAAUUCCUAUCAAGUUCGUCAGCCACCUCAAAAAUGUGAGGGUGAAGGAGAAGAGUAAGGCCAGGCUGGAGUGUGAGCUGAGCUCCAAGGACGUGUUUGUCAAGUGGCUGAAGGAUGGCCGAGAGAUAACCCACAAUCCUCAGUAUACCUUCAUACGGGAGGGCAAAAGAGCAGAGCUGAUAAUUGAUGACUGUGACCUGGCUGACAGCGGAGAGUACGCGAUUGUGGCCACACAGGAGAACGAUGCCCAGGAGUAUGUGAGCUCUUCUAACCUGACAGUGGACGAGCGCUUUGCCACAGUGAAGAGUGGUAUGUCAGAUGUCCAGUGUCCCACUGGAUCUCCAGCUGAGUUAUGUGUAGUUUUGAAUGAUGAGAAGGUAGAUGGAGUCUGGCUGAAAGACGGCAAUCCGGUAACAGACAUGAGCGGGGUGCAGGUGGUGAAGCAGGGAGCUGUGCACAAGUUAAUUUUUACCAAUGUUGGAGAUGCACAUGAGGGCAAGUACACCUUCAUGUCCAAAGGUGCAGAGAGUGAGGCAGUGCUUGCCAUAGCAGACCCUCCAGUAAUUGACCCCACCAUGCUGGAGGUUCUGGGGGCCCAUCCAGUAACAGUGAAGGCUGGACAGACUGCCAACAUAAAAAUCCCCUUUAAGGGCAAGCCUGCGCCUAAGAUCACCUGGUACAAGGAUGGCAUUGAGAUGAUGGACGAUGAUCGCACAGUAGUGGAGAAGCACCCGGAUUGCACAACGCUGAUACUUCACAAGUGCGCGCGGGAGGACAGUGGCGCGAUCACGCUGAAACUCAAGAGCGACUGUGGCACGGCCAUCGCUAACCUGCACCUGAACGUCGUCGAUAAACCCAAGCCCCCACAGGGAAAGGUGGAGUUCCUGGAGCGGUCGGGGAAGUGCAUCAAGAUGAAGUGGAAGGCUCCACGUGACAACGGCGGAAAGCAGGUCACCAGCUUCAUCAUCGAAAGGAAGAUUGUUGGCAAGAAGUCCUGGAUAAAGAUCGGAGAGGUGGACAGCAAGCUGACCUCCUUCAGCACAGACAAGGUGGAGGAGGGCCGCGCCUACCAGUUCCGCAUCCGAGCUGUCAACUCGCAGGACAUCAGUGAUCCACUGGAGACAGAGGAGGUCUUCGCCGGAGAGCCCAUCGAGCCCCCCGGAAUGGCCUCCCAGCCACAGAUUCUAGACGUGACGAAGGACGCGGUGACUGUGACCUGGAGCCCCCCCGCUCAAGAUGGCGGCGCCCAGGUGCUGGGCUACAUCAUCGAGAGGAGGAAGAAGGGCAGCAGCAUCUGGGUGCCAGUCAACAAGGAGCUUGUGCAAGACACCAAGUACAAAGUGGAUGGGCUGGUGGAAGAUAUGGAGUAUGAGUUUCGUGUCACCACUGUUAACAGGGCAGGGCCAGGAACUCCCAGCACUGCCUCAAACUCUGUUAAUGCAAAAGAUCCCAUCCGUGCCCCUGGGCUGGUGAAAGACCUGCAUGUGACAGACUCCUCCAACUCCUCCAUUUCUCUGGGCUGGAACCCCCCAGAGAUGGGCGACGAGCCCUCUGGCUACAUCCUGGAGGUCCGUGCAGACGAAGCCAAGGAGUGGACCAAGUGCACCAAGAUCCCCAUCACUGGCACCAGCUACACAGUGGGCGGUCUGCAGGAACGCAUGAAGUACUUCUUCCGCAUUCGUGCAGUGAACGAGGGAGGCGUGGGGGAGCCUAUCGAGCUGGACCAGGGGGUGCUAGCAAUGCCCCCACCGGCCCCUCCCAGAUUUGACAUCCAAGCCAAGCUGAAAAACCAGAUGGAGGUGCGAGCGGGGACUGCCCUGUGCAUUCACGUCACCUUCAGUGGCUCCCCGCCGCCCACUGUGACCUGGCUGAAGGACGGGAUCCCCACUAAGGGCAGGGAGACCAUCACCAAGGGCAACAAGCACUCCCAGUUCCUGAUCACCUCCUCGCAGCGCGCCGACUCCGGCGUCUACCGCAUCAACCUGCGCAACGACUUUGGGGAGGCCUCCUACGACAUCAAGGUCCGCGUUGCAGAUUUUCCUCGGCCCCCCAGCAACCUGAAGCUGGUGGAGGAGGUGCCCAACACAGUGACCCUCAAGUGGGACCACACCCCUGAUGUGGCUGACGAUGGCCAGGCGCACUAUAUCAUCCUGAAGCGCGACGCAAGCACAGCCACCUGGUUCACCGCUGCUGACCGCGUCUUCAGCAACAAGUACACUGUCACUGGCCUUCUUCCUGGCCGCAAGUACUUCUUCCGGGUCAUUGCCCGCAAUGAUAUUGGGGACAGUGACCCCCUGGACUCCAAGGAGCCCUUCACCAUAGCCAAGGAGAAAGAGCACCUGAAGCUUCGAAUGAAAGAGUACACGCUGAAAGAUCUGUCCCAGAAGCCGGAGUUCAUCGUGCCACUGAAGGACCAUGCGGUGCGCCGUGGCAAGGACUGCACCAUGAGCUGCGCCUUCUUGGCCAUCCCCCAGCCCCAGGUCUCCUGGUUCAAGGGCGAUGCCAAGAUCUCCGAGAACCCCAAGUUCUGGCAGACCACUGCCAACGGAGUCUGCACGCUCACCAUCCCCGCCUGCGAUCAAAAGGACAGUGGAGAAUACACCCUGGUGGUGGAGAACACUCUGGGCCAGGCCAAGUGCAAGUGCAACCUGGUUGUCUUUGAUAAGGAUGACAAGAGCUUUUUGGAGAGCCUGACAGAGCGCACUGGCAGAGGAAAGCACAUCAUGUGAAGAGUUGAAUGGCCGGAGGGCAAGGUGUAGCAGUCUCUCUUACAGCACUGACCCUCUUGACUGGUUAUCUUCAAAAUAAAUACUGGAUAUUGGUACGUUUAAAAAGCCAGAGUUGAUGUCAUUUUGUAGUGCUAACUCACUACUUUUGGGAUUGUUCUGUGUUUGACAAUGCAUAAACAGCUUGA